AUGCAGCGGUACGGGUGCCAAGACUUCGUCGAGGAGAUUGCUCAUCUCCAGAAGCUGGCCGAGAUGCUGCCAGACUCACCAGUCACCGAGAGCAUGGCCAACACCUUCAUGGCUAAGAUCCAGGGAUUCCAGUCCUGGUCCUCGGAGAGCAUCUGCCAAAUGCUUGCCAAGGCCGGCGAAGCUUCCAAACUGCCAGAGGCCAUGAAAGCAAAGAUUCUGGACACCAUCCAGAAUUUGUCCAUGAACACCGGCUCCCAGCUCAAGUUGGUGAACACUGGCCAGUCCGUCCAGCGGCUGUGUCCAUACUUGACCAGGCCAGACUGGGUCGCUUUGUCCACCCUCACGAGCCAAACGGACCAGCUGGAGCUCUUAGCCAAAAGACUCCGAGCCAUGGGACUGCAUUCUUUAAAAGAAUGCACCAAGGGCCAAGCGGUCGCCAUUGUCUUGAUGGUGCAAGCUUCGCAAGGCAAGCCAAGCCUUUCGGCCGCUGCCAUCAACUCGGCAGUCCAGGACUUCGGAAUCAUCUUCCAGUCCCUGCCAAGCAGCAAUUGCCCCGGCGCCAGCAGAUAUCCAGACCAUCCAUCAGAGAUGGGCCAGCUUUGGCUCUCCAAGGCCUAUGGUCCAGGCGACCAGCCAGAUCUGCAGGACCCAUGCCUGGCUCCAUUUUUGAAGAAAGUGCCUCUUCGAAGCACCCAUGCUUCAUUGGCCGGCGGCACCAGGUGCAGGUCCAAGCGGCCUCCAGCGACACCUCAGGGCUCCACCUUAAGCUUCGACCAGGAGCUGGAAAUGCUGAAGCUGCGGCAUGGCAUCCAAGCCCAAGCAGCCACACAAGGCACAGCCACUCUGCAGGGAAGCCAAGGGCCCACCGCCGCAGCAACAGCAGUGUUGCCUUGGCUGUCGCCGCGAAGCAUGGUCCAGUCCCACAGCCAGAGUGCUGCCAGCACAACUGCCCCUGGCCAGGUCUUUGGCCAGAGCACAGCAUCUGCCGCUGCUUUGCCACUUCCUCCGGCAAGCCCGCCUCCUGAAGCCACGACCAGAGUCGAAGCAGCUCCCACGGAGACGACUGCCAAGGAAGACAGUGCCAAGCAGGACGCCAAGACAUUGCAGGAGUACGAGCAGGAGCAGUUCCAGAAGCUGCUGGAUGCCAAGGCCGACAAGAAGAAGAAGGCCAAGGAGGACGGCCAGGCCGACCAGAAGCCCAAGAAACAGCAUAUGAAGCGGCCAGCAGCAGCCAUGUCUACCCGACAAAGCUCGGCGAACCAGGGCACCACCUGCAACGGCCAUGAGGCUGGCAAAGGUGCCACCGCCGCCAAAGGCGGCAGCACAAAGAUCCUCUACGGAUGUAUCCGCUGUCGUGGUAAUGUUAAGGGAUGCUCCAGUUGUUGGGACCCAAACUUUCGGGGCACCCGUCUCCACGGCCGCCAAGCUUGGAGGGAGUACAUCGAGGCCCACAAAGCCAACAAGGCCAUGAAGAAGGCUCCCAAGAAGUAG